CAGUUACGGCAAUAUGUUUGAAAUUGGUAGUCAUAAAUACCUUUCCUCUCUCUAUAACAAAAGACAAUAACCCAGCAUCAAACCCCACUAAUGACCAUGUUAUCAUAUCUUCAUAUAUUAUUAAAAAAAAAAAUCAUAUCUUCAUAUAAAUAAAACCCCUUCUAUGUAAACUUCAUCGCUCAAUCUCAAAUAUUAAGAUACCAUGGUGAACCUGGUGGCAGCACAGAGACCAUUGAUUCAUGGCCUAAUGAAAAUGGCGGGGAUCAGGCCGUACAUGGUGGAGAUAGAACCAGGGACAGUGAUGAGUUUCUGGGUACCCUCAGAGACCAUCUCAAAGCCCAAAAAGAAACACGAAAAGCCCAAACUCAUAGCCAAGCCCAACAAGCCCAUUGUGGUGAUGGUCCACGGUUUCGCCGCCGAGGGAAUCGUGACGUGGCAGUUUCAAGUCGGUGCGUUAACCAAGAAGUACGUCGGUGCGUUAACCAAGAAGUACGCGGUUUAUAUUCCGGAUCUUCUCUUCUUCGGGGGGUCCACCACCGACAAGGAAGACAGGUCGCCGAGGUUCCAAGCGGAGUGUUUUGCGGCGGCAUUGACGAAGCUCGGGGUGGAGAAGUGCGUGGUGGUCGGGUUCAGCUACGGUGGGACGGUGGCGUUUGAGAUGGCGGAAAUGUACCCUGAGCUGGUUCAAGCCAUGGUUAUUUUUGGCUCCAUUUUGACUAUGCCUGAUCCCAUUAGCACUGGCUCAGUCACACAACUUGGGUUCUCUUCUUCCAAGGAGUUGUUGUUGCCUGUGUCCGUGAAGGGUCUUAUGGCCCUCUUGUCUGUUACUACUCAUAGGAAGCUUUGGUUUCCGAAUCGUUUAUACAAAGACUUUCUUGAGGUAAUGUUCACCCAUAGGAAGGAGCGAGGUGAGUUAUUGGAGAUGGUAAGCAACAAAGAUAUCAACAAUAUCCCAAAAUUUCCACAGGGGAUACAUCUUCUCUGGGGUGAGAAUGAUCAAAUUUUUAAGCGGGAGCUUGCCAAAAACAUGAAAGAGCAACUAGGAGAUGGCGCAACGUUUCAAGGCAUAAAGAAAGCUGGUCACCUUGUUCACCUGGAGAGACCAUGUGUCUACAAUAGAUGUCUUAAGCGGUUUAUUGCUUCCUUCUUCGCGUCAAAUUGUGAAGCCAAAAUAUAAUCCA